AGAGAGAUUUUCACUACUUUGAUAGCUUGAAAUUCUACAAAAAAUGCGCGCGCUCUUUUGUCUUCCCCGAGUCAGUAUCGUUCUCGCCUGUCAAAAACUCUCCAAAGGUUCACGCGUUUCUCCAUUUCGUGCGAUAAUAUAUGUGAUCACGAUUUAUUCAAAGUUAAUUUUGAUUUUCGUGAUUGUAUAGUUAUAAUCUUGGAAUUUAGUCAAGCAAAAUUUCAAUCGAUUAAUGAUCAACAUCUCUUCCAAGCGCGUCUAAUGAAAAUAAUAAAUUUGAAAAAGAUUCUACUGAUAACGGAUCAAACAGGAAAUAUAGCCCGCGAGAGUUUAUGAUGUACACGCGGAUCUUAUAAUGUACAGGUUCUUACAAAUCCUUUAUAUAUGUAAUGAAAAAGAAACUACUGAACAUUACAUUUGAUAAAAUUCUAAUGCUACAUAUAGUACAUGCAACGGCUCGCCCAUCCAACUCGUUAAUUCGUUAGGAAAAUUAAUGAGCUGUCAAGAUUAUUAAUCUUCCGAGAUGCUCGAUUGACUGGCAGUUGCUUUAGCAUAGUUCCAACGUGAGCAAAGCGCACGUACGGACUCUACGAAUAUAUAAGCGGCGGAAAAGUAUAGUUUCCUAUGGUUAUUAUCUUAUACCGCACGUAGCGGUCAUGGACAUAUUCCAGAAUUUGAUUAGAGGCUUCGUCCGUGGAGCGCGAACCGCGCGAUACCGAUAAGGAAUAUGCUCAUCGUAGUGUCGCGUUGUCUUGCAUUAUUGAUGACAUGCGCCAGAUGCGCCACGAUCAUGCGGAGCCUUGCCGAAGGCCGGGGACAAACGUCACAUGACACGACACUCCUAAGUUCCACGGACGACGCUUCAAUUCCGGAAGAAUAUCUGAAAAAGUUCCGUCCCUCUGCCGUCAGACAUUGGCAACGCAAACACGCGAUACGACAACCGACGGUGUGUCUCCGACCACCCGCGAUAUCGCACUCGCGAAUCGUGCCGUGUGAGCUGCACAGGAGACUUCAAAAUCCGAUUCAAAUACUAUUUGGAUAUAUUAGAUACCGAUCUCGGUUGGCAUAUAGCAGUAUGCAGGAAGAAAUUCUUUUCGCACGUUAACUAUGAGAUAUCUCUUAUUUAGCAGUCAAUGUAUUGAGGAGAUCUCGAUGUAACGAUUAAAUAUAUUUUCGGACUUACUGAUCAGCGCGAAUGUACAAUGGUCGAGAUCAACCGUGAGAAGCGCGCGAUCACGUUUCGUACUGAAAAAUAUCGUGAUAUUAUUAGAUAACGAUAAGACGAUGCGAAAUUUCUGUUAUAGAAUUCUCCAUUUACACGUGGUGUCUUUUAUGAUAAUGGUCGUACCGUGAUAAGAAGAAAAAAAUCUCUGUAAACCAAAGGUAAUAGA